GGAAGUUGUUCCAGAUUUGUAACGUCACUUCCGAUAGUCGGACUUUUUUUCUCCUUUUGUGAUGUAGCUAAAUUAGCUCGUGUUUUUCACUUGAUAGUGUUUCAACCUAUGGUUUCACCGCUUUGCUGGUGUUGUUAACAUCCCCGUAACGAGAAAAGGAUAGCGAAAUAGGUUCACCGAGGAAUAGCAGACCAAACAGCCAAUCAGCAGCAGCAGCAUCAUGUCUGCAGAACUGGACCUGUCCCCUCCGGAGGUCCCUGAACCCACCUUUCUAGAGAGCCUGCUGCGCUACGGGCUGUUUCUGGGUGCCAUCUUCCAGCUCAUUUGCAUCCUGGCUGUCAUCGUCCCCACAUCCAAGGGACAUGAACAGGAGGAGACUGAGUCCACUGAUGGCAAGGCCACUGAACAGAUGAAGAAACCUAAAGGACCGGCACCUCAGAUUCGACAGAAACCAAAAAAAGAGAGCAAAAAGAAACGAUAGAGUGUGUGUGUGUGUGUGUGUGUGUGUGUGUGUGUGUGUGUGUGUGUGUGUGUGUGUGUGUGUGUGUGUGUGUGUGUGUGUGUGUGUGUGUGUGUGUGUGUGUGUGUGUGUGUGUGUGUGUGUGUGUGUG